AUGAUUAGCGAUGACGAUUACGAUAACGAUUAUGAUGACGACGAUGAUGGUGAUGUAAACGAAUUUGACGGUUACGAUGAUGAUGUCGAUGACGAUGAUGAUGAUGACAAUUUCAAUGACGAUGACGAUGACAAUGACGAUGAUGAUGACGAUGCCGAUAACGAUGACGACGAUGAUGAUGUACACGAUGAAGAUGAAGAUGACUACUUUGAUGACGAUGACGACCUUGAUGAUGAUAAUGAUGACAAUGACGUUAACGAUGACGACGACUAUGAUGAUGAUGAUGACGAUGAAGAUGAUGAUGAUGACGAUGAUGAUGAUGAAUACGGUGAUUACGAUCUCGUUGUCGAUGUCAUCGACAUCGUCGGAUGA